ACCACUUCACAAAGGACGUCACCUCUGACACCGCGAGCUACGUCUCGCCUCAGCUUUCUUUCAGCGAGAAUGCAGUUGCGGAGCGGAGAGAUACAAAAGCCUGGAAAAGGCGAUCUGAUUCGUGCAUAUACUCUCCAGCACGCGGAGAGCGGCCUCGGGAAUGAUUACCUGAAGCGGAAGAACGUGAUAAGGGUACGAAUGGAGGGAGAACAGUUCCUUUUGCAGGCAGCAGACGUACCUGCCGUUGUGGAGUGGAUAGAGGGUUUUCAUGCGGGCACGAAUAUCUCACUUGAUCUUGAUCAUCGUGUCAUGCCCAAAGGGCCGAUGUUCCCUAGG